AGCUUUAUCUGGGUAUUCUUUGGCUAACACUUCACAUCUUUCGGCCCAGCAAAAUUAGUCGAUCAAUGUCUACUUCUAGGCCACGCAUAGACUCUCUCAGGAGCUCAUCCACCAUAGACCACUCGGUCUGGGGAGCAAGAGCACCCUCUCCCUCGUUCUCGACCACAACAACGGGCUCAAAAGUCAAUCUGCCCGAGAACCAUGCGUUAAUCACAAGGAAAGACUUGAGGCAGUCUAUCACGUGCUUUGAAGAGCUGAUGGCGGCGGCCAAAGCGUAUCGCAAUGCUCUGCUAGCUAUGUCUUCGGCUACUGCAGCAUUUGCCACAGCAAUGGAAGCUUGUUCUAGGGUCAAAGGUUGCAGGUCGUCCAACUCGGCUUUAGCAGGUGCGGGAGGUCUCCAAUAUCUCAUUUCCAAUCAUGAACAGCUGUUGGCGGAUACUGUGUAUCGCCAAUUUGAGAUACCUUUACUGGAUGCUUUGGACAACUACAAAAUGAUCACUGCCGACAGACUGGCGGCAUAUGAUAAGGCGCUCCAUGAACAAAGCCAGAAGAUUAGAAAGACUGAGGCGGAGAAUCUGAAGAUCGGACGAAGACGGAAAAGAGAUCUACAGCAAUUCAGACAAGCGUUAGGGGAACUGCAGAAGCAAGUAGACGAGCUGGACUCAAUAAAAGCGGGCUAUCAUGAGGAAGUCCUUGAGGGCGAGGAAGAGGUUUGGGAGACCGUCCUUGGACGAGUAACGUUUGUUAUCCGAAGUCAGCUUGAUUUCUACGAGAAAAUUGCUGGGAAAGCGAGUGAUCCGAUACUCGAACCUAUGGUCAUGUCCAUACCCGACCCGUUCGACGCCUACGGACCACCAAAAGAAGAGGGGCAAAUAUUUAGUGUACUAGCUCCAUUGAGCCUUUUAGACUCUAGCGCACCUCAAUCACCUACCCCAAACCUCCCCCGCGUCCUUUCACCUCCGCCCAUGUCCGCUACAACCUCUGGUCGUCCCUCUUCUCCGUCAGAUGUUGACGGUACACCGACCAGGUUAUCGCCUGCGCCAAGGGAACCAGGACCAAACAGUGAAUCAGUGUUUGGGCAGCAUGAUACAUGGCUUGAAGAUGCUUCUGGAUCUUCCGGGACUUCUGGUGUUUCCGAUAUGGGGAAUGGGACUGCUAGAUCGAGGAGGGAGUUGAGUAUCAUUGAUGAAGGAGAUAUUACGGUAAACGGUAAAGACAAUGAUCAAGGCGAAAGCAAUGGUGAUGGCGAUGGUGGAGGCGGAGCUGGUGUGAAAGCAGUAAAAAAUUCUUUAGGUGGAAAGAUUAACGGGCUACCAACAAAAAAUAACGAAUGAGAGUGGAUAGCUAUCAAAGUAGCGCAAUUUUUUGGGUCUUUUAUAAUUCCCCAUAUUUACUUGAUAACGACGUUGUACGACAUAAAGAAUGCAG